CACCGACUGGAUUCCCAUCAUGAUCUCUUCUUCAGCCUAGACAGUCCAUCCCACACUUUGCCUCGCGAUCGAUAAAACUCCCUUGGAUACGACAUCAUGGCUCCAUCUGCAAUCGACGAGCGGAUGCCCCAGGCGCCUCCCGAAAAGACAUACCCGCCAGCAAAAAUAUUCCCCGUCAAGGAGACCAAGUUUGAAAAGUUCAUCGAGCCUCAGUCUGAUGGCCGGAAGAAAGCUCUGGAGCAGCCCGGCAACGCUGCCAUCGUGAUAGAUAAUGGAUCCUCCGCCGUUCGAGCAGGCUGGUCCUUCGAGUCCGCGCCUCGAUUAAACAUACCGCCCGUCAUGGCCAAGUACCGCGAUCGAAAGCUCGGCAAGACCUUCUCCUUUGCUGGCUCAGACUGCUAUGCCGAUACCACGGCGCGCGGCCACAUUCGAAACGCAUUCGAAGCCGGCACCGGCAUCAUAAGUAACUGGGACGUGACAGAGCACGUCUUGGACUACAUCUUUCUGAAGCUGGGCAUGAACGAUGCGAGUGGUGGCAUUGACGUGCCGAUUGUGAUGACUGAGGCCGUUGCCAAUCUGCCUUACUCAAGGAAAUCCAUGACCGAGAUCAUCUUCGAAUGCUACGGCGCACCGUCUCUCGCCUACGGUAUCGAUUCGCUCUUCUCGUACAGAUACAAUAAGGGAAAGACGGGACUCGUGGUGUCUUCUUCCCACACAUCCACCCACAUAAUACCAGUCUAUAACUCGAAAGCGCUCCUGUCACAGGCUACAAGACUAAACUGGGGCGGUUAUCAUAAUGCCGAGUAUCUGCUGAAGCUGAUUCGGUUAAAGUAUCCUGCUUUUACAGGCAAACUCAACUCUUCGCAAGCAGAGCAUAUGGUGCGGGAUCAUUUCUAUGUCUCCAAGGAUUACGAUACCGAGAUUCGCGACUACCUCGACUGGACGGGCUUAGAGGACCGAGAUAUUGUCAUCCAGUACCCAUACACAGAGGAGGUGGUAGUUCAAAAGAGCCAGGAAGAGUUGGAUCGCAUUGCAGAGCGCAAAAAGGAGAGUGGAAGAAGGUUACAGGAGCAGGCUGCCAAGAUGCGGCUCGAGAAGCUCAUCAAGAAGGAGCAGGAUUUGGAAUACUACAAGAACCUUCAGGGUAAAAUCGUUGACGAGACAAAAAAGGAAACACGACGUCUUCUCGACAGCCACGACAUUAAGGAUGAAAACCAGCUCGAGAAGAUCAUCAAGGAACUAGAAAAGUCGAUCAAGAAAGCCCGCACCAAGGAUGUUGGUGGUGACCCUGAGGAAGAACAAGAGCAGCCAGACUUUAGCCUCCUGGAAGUACCUGAUGAGGAGCUCGACGAGGCACAACUGAAGCAGAAACGUCAACAGCGACUCAUGAAAUCCAAUCAUGAGGCUCGUGCUCGUGCCAAAGCCGAAAAGGAAGCCGAGAAAGCUCGCAUCGCUGAGGAGGAGCGAUUAGACCAGGAACGCCGCGAGAACGAUCUUGAAGGAUGGCUUGGUGAGAAGCAUCAGGCUCUCCAGGAAGCCCUCCAGAAGAUCAAGGAGCGCGACAGGCUGAAGCAGGACCUCGGCAACCGCAAAUCCCUCGCCUCCCAAAUCCGAAUGAAGAGCAUCGCCAACCUCGCAUCGGACAACCCCACGAAGAAGAGGCGGCGCGGCGGUGACGACGAUAACUUUGGCGCCAACGACGACGACUGGGGCGUGUAUCGCCAAAUCGCAGUGGGCGACAACAGCGACGAGGAGCAAGAGGAGGAAGAUCUCGCGUCGACCCUCAAGACGCUGGAGCAGGACCUGCUAAAGUACGACCCCAACUUCACCUACGAACACACCCAGGAGGCCCAGACAGUCUGGUCAAAGUCGCUCCUGCACGCCUUCGCCCGCGGCCCGCGCCCCAUCGACCCGGCCUCCCAGGCAGAGCUGCACCAGAUCCACCUCAACGUCGAGCGCAUUCGCGUGCCGGAGGUGGUCUUCCGCCCGUCCAUUGCAGGCGUCGACCAGGCCGGCAUCAUCGAGAUUGCGGGAGACGUGCUGAACCAGCGCCUCGGGUCGCUGCCCAACCGCGACGACUUCCUCAAGGACAUCUUCCUCACGGGCGGAAACACCCUGUUCCGCAACUUUGACGAGCGCGUGCGCGAUGGUCUGAGGUCCCUGCUGCCGGCGGAUGCGCCGCUGCAUGUGAGGAGGGCGGAGGAUGCGCUGCUGGAUGCGUGGAAGGGGGCUGCCGGGUGGGUUGGGUCGUCGGCUUGGAAGACGGCGGCGAUAUCGCGGGAGGAGUAUCAGGAAAAGGGACCGGAGUAUAUUAAGGAGCACGACAUGGGCAAUUCAUACGCGUGAAAUUGUUUGGGCUGAAAAGGAUUCGUUUUCCCCCUUUUUUACCUUAAUUUGUAAUUCUUUUUACAGGU